AUGUUUAGUCAUGGCAUUCUUCCUGCAGGGGUCAAAUCUCCAAAGAAGAAACAGAACAGUGCUUCAGUUGGCGACGAUCAGAACUCUUUGGAUAAAGAUGAAGACUUGCUUACCAAAAACAAAGAGAAUUCUGGAGGCAGAAGCUCCCCUAAUGCUCUUAUGAAAAGCUUGAUCUCCAGAAGGAGGUCCAGGGAGAAGGAUAAGAAGCAAAACACUUCCCCCUCAUCAUCACAGAUGCAGCGCACCCUCUCCAUUCAUCACUUGGAAAGCGAUGACUAUGUCUCUCCUGAUGAACUUACUCCUCAAAAUGAGAACUUUGCAACUGAGCUUACCUCAGAUGUGACUGAGUGCUCUUCUAGCAACGAAGCUGUGCCACCUUUGCCAAUGACAAGCGAGAGAGCUGCUAUUGAGAAGCAAUCUCGAUUUGGCAGAAGCAAGAGUCACGUGAAUUGGGCGAGUCGCCACCAGCUCGUUGACAAGAAGUUAAAUGUAGCAAGAGACUCCAUACCAAAUGACUUAGGGAGAGAUGCUGCACUCUAUAAAUCCAAAGAGUUCAUGGAGAUGAUGCAGUUGUUCAGCGAGAACAAGGAACUGUUCCUGAAGUUUCUGCAGGAUCCUACCUUUAUUUUCACCGAUUACACGCAAGAACAAGCAGCUUCGAUUUCAGCCAUGAAACUGACCAAGUCUGGUUCAUUUCCUGCUGCAGGAUGGUCUCAUAGAAACAGACCACUAAGCCUUGAUGAUAAACAGGAAGAAAAUGGAUCUAUAGAUGCACCAUCUUCGACUUGUAAUGCCGUCGAGGAUGGUGCACAUUCCAUGGAAUCAAUGGCUCAUCCAGAUGCUGCUAACAUGCUUAAAGCAGAAUCUGAAGCUUUAGACCGCGCUGAACUUGGUUUUGCAGAAACAAAGAACACGAAGAAUGUUGGAAAUGUUUCGACACGAUUUAAGGUCCUUAAGCAGAAGAUAAAGUACAUCAUCAAGGAGAACAAGAAGGAACACCAAAGGAUCUCCAUGGAUAGCAUCCUUCACAAGAUUCCUUAUGGCGAGAAAGUCUCAGAAAAUGUGAAGAAAGAAGCCGAGAGUCUCUGGCAUCGUAGACUAGGCAAGAGCAUCUCGAGAGCUAAGAAGAUUGGACUUCUUUCUUCAAGCAACAAGCAGACGCUUCGAAGUAUCAGGAAGUCUUCCUCUCUCACAGAAUCCUUGGGCAGGUACUCGCAGUUGCUAGAAUCUGUUUCGAGCACAGAAUCUAAGAGGUCUCCUGACAUGUCAAUGAUGAUUAAAGAAGAUACAGAUUCACUGAGGCAGAAGACACCAAAACUAUUGAAAAGGAUAUUUUCGCUUCCAGAACUUCCUACGGGUUCUGCGAGCAAAGAUCUCAGGAAUGAAGUCUCUAAUUCUCAGUUACUGGUGCGACCAACUUCAAGAGCUGUGGCUCGUAGUACAACUGUGAAAACCUGUGACACUAGUCAGCUGGAUUCAGUAGCUGCUCUUACCUCCAAUGAACAUAGCAUUGAACCAGAGAAGCUGGUAGAACAUUUCAUGGAGGAAGAUGUUAGUGGGAUACCUGUUGAAACCGAAGAACCGUCGGUGCCAAUUGAUGAACAAGAACAGUCCAUAGUAGACGAAGAUAGUUUUAGCUCCCUGGACGGCAGCAAGAUCUUGGUCACAGACUCGAAAGUUCAUGAGGAUACUACAAGUCCAACAGGGGAAACUCCACAGAGCGAGACUGAGGAGUCGGAGUUGAUGACCAUUGCAGAAGCUGAUUUUGGCAUCGAUGCCUCUCUUACUAUGGAAAAUUUAGAACAGCAGCAGAUUGAGGAGACACCAACUCAAACAAAGUUCAGUGAAUUCAGCUCUUUCCACAUCCAAGUGCACGAAGGGGAGGAGGCUGAGUUCGAAUACGUGAGGAACAUACUCAUGAUGUCUGGCUUCAGCAGCGAAGAGGCCUUUGGAGAAUGGCACUUGCCGGACCAGCCCGUCGACCCAUCACUCUUCGAAGACUCACUGGAUGAUCUCGAGACUGCUGCAGCUGAACCAAACAUCACGCUCAAGCACAUGCUCCUGUUCGAUCUCAUCAACGAAGUGUUGCUGGAAACAUACGACACCUCGUUCGCUUACUGCCCCUGGGUUCUGCACGCCGACUGCCAGAUCCGGCCAUUGACGGUGGGUCACCGAGUGCUUGAAGAGGUGUGGGCAGUCAUCAGCAAGCACCUCAGCUAUCAACUGCUGCUGGAUCAAACAGUGGAGAGUACCGUAGCUCGAGACUUCACGAGGAACGACGGCUGGAUGAACCUUCAACAUGAUACCGAGUACGUAGCUCUGGACCUGGAAGAUUUGUUGUUGGAAGACCUGAUCGAUGAGAUUGUCCUCGAGUUUACUGGUUUAUCCUGUUCAAGCAUGCUUCAUGUACCAUAUUAUAAUUGA